AAUUCAACCCGACAAAAACUUCUCUUUGUAGUUGCAAGUCGUGUGUAAGGUCUGAGCAAGCACAUAAAUACGCCAUGGGAAGAGGCAUGUGCAGUGCCAGCCUUGUGGCUCUAGGUUUCGCGCUCCUUGUCUGUUCAGCGAUGGUGUCUGCUGAAACCUAUGUCGUUGGAGAUUCAAAGGGCUGGGGCUUGUCUGUGUCGUAUGACAGCUGGUCUAACGGAAAGCCCUUCGCUGCUGGUGACACGAUCGUUUUCAAUUUCCUGGCAGGCGUGCACAACGCGGUGGCCGUGGGCGCGUCGGAGUACCAGAGCUGCAAGGUGCGCAGUGCCGCAGACUCAGCCGCGAUGGCAUCUGGCACCGCCAAGUUUGAUCUCAAGAAGGGCGUGAACUACUUCAUCUGCGGCGUCCCCGGCCACUGCGCUGCCGGGAUGAAGCUCCGAGUUGUCGCCAACUGAUGGAGGAUCAGCUAAAAAAAACUGCUAUAUAUGUGUGUGCAUGCAUGUUGUGUGUCCCCUUAAAUAACCUGCACCCAUGCAUGGA